AUGCCUAGAAAGACAUCCAAGAAGAAGUCAGGAGGUCCAGCAAAGCAACAGUCCAAAAGUGUCGCAGCUGCCGUUGAAGAGACUCCUCCUAAACCUCCACCGCCACCUCCUGCAGCCCUGGUCAAACUCAUACAAAAGAACAAGUCUGUUCUAAAAUAUUUCCAAGCCUUGCAGGAAAACUUGGACUACGAUGUCACCAAAUGGAAGCGCCGAGCCCGAAAAUCUCAGGCAGAAAGUUUGGAAUGGAAGGCCAAGGCAGAACAAUUGGAUGCUGAGCGUGGUUCCGCCUCUGCAUCGACUGGAAGUAAAAAGCGACCACCAGAUCAGAUUCAACAUGACGAAGACAGAGAACGGCCUCAAAGACAGAGACUGCGAACUGAAAACCCAUCUGGGAUGGAGAAGUCGCCUGAAACAAACAGCGGAAAUGCCAAUGAAACUAACUCAAACGUAGUUUCCAAAGCUUCCAAAGCUUCGGAUAAGGAGCUAUCGCCUAAGAAGAUGGAUACCCAACCGGCGGCUGAAGAUGAAGACUGGCUAGAUUUUGCGUCCAUGUCAUCUGAAGACGCGGAGGAAAAUGGAAACGAAUCUCCGAAAAAUACAACCUCUUUGCAAAACGAAAAGGCUGCCCCACCAUUGAACAUCUUAGCGUUGUCCUCUGAGGACAGUGAUGAGGGGGAAGAGGAUGAAAAAAAUGAGCCAUCUUCAAGGCAAACUAUUCAGAAGCGCGCGCCGUUGCAUAUUCUUGCGUUGUCGUCUGACGAUACCGAUGACGACGAUGAAGAUGACGACGAGUACUCCACCGGUUGGCUGGAAAGCCAAUUCUCUGAAAAUCAGAAACAAGAUUCACCUAAUCAGAAAGUACAGAAACUGAGAAACAAUCAAGCGUUGCAAAGCCUCCAAAAAGCAAACGAUUUGCUUUCGGAAUUGGGAAUCAUUUUGGUCGAAGAAAAGACCAUAUCUCAAGAGGACCAAAACGAUGAAGACCAAGAAAAGGAACUCUCAGACUCGCAAGUCGAAGCCCCACAAUCGAAGGUGAUUCUUCAGAGACGAGAAGAUUCGUGUGUGCUGACAGAUCUACUACAAAGCAUCAAGGCAUUGGUUCGUAUCCACGAGGAUGCUAAAAAGAAGGGAGAAGAACCAGUGGAAUCAUACUAUCCAUUCAUGACCAAAGAUCUUAUUCCUUGUUUCAUGGUACAUCAAGAAUCUCCUGAUACCACUUUCUGUCCCCAUCCUGCGGUUGAGGGAAUGCUGAGCCUUUCAGAAGUCUUUCGUCUCAUGGAAAUCCACUGUCCGAUCCUAGAUGAAAUCGACGAAGAUGAUUUGGCCGGUCACGAUAGACUCAUCCUUGGGAUGAAAGACCGGCACACCAUGGUGUUAAAUCUAGUGCGAUCGCUCGAGGGUGAAAUAUGCGAGCUGUGGCCCGUCCAAGAUCGGGCUACCCGCUUGAUGACAGGCAGCCUUCAUUUCGAACCAAUUGACCACGAUGAAGAGAGCCAACAGAUCAGUAUGAAUGAACACAAAAUUGCGGCUCCAACCAAGAACUUUUCUCGUCUGGCAGCCUUGAUGGAACGGUGUUUCCUGGCACAAUUUGUCAGCAGAAUGCAUCUAGCUCGUCAAGACCCAAGAGGAUUCUUUCAAUUUUUUUGGCGUUACUUGAUGGCAACAACACCUUCAAUCGCCAUCAACAGCACGCCAUUCAAACUUCCACCGGUUCAGAGUACUUGUAUUCUGGAGUCUAUCUUAUGCAGUGGUAGUUUGGAUGCACACGACAUUCUGAAAAGCCAUUUGUCUCGGCACAAGGAGGGCGACUGGAAAUGGAUUUCACAAACUAUAUGUAUCUUGGUGGAAGCUACUGGGAUGAUCCAGCUGUCUCGGAGCAAGAGCGAAGAUGAUAGGAUCGCUGAUACUGCUCGCGUCGAGCUAGCGGCCAAAACACGACUGGAAGCAAACCACCCAUUUUGGGAGCCAUACUCCUCGCCAUUGGAAAAGGAUAGGAAUGGCUUGGAAGAGAUAUCCGAGGUGCUGCAAACCAUGGUGAAAGAUCUUGGUCGAGCCAUGAAGAAUGACGCUAUUUCAUCGACGCUACAACCAAUGCUGCUCCAAGCACUGCUGGUCACGUCGGGCGAUGUCAAAUCCAUCGACAAUUUGUUUGCAAGCAGCCUCAAGAAAAGUGAAGAGAAUGAAAACCUUGUCUUGGCUUGCGUCAAGGCCAAAAAAGCGUUGGAAAUCCGAAUGAUUGAAAAGCAUCGACAGGUGGUAUUGUCUCCAUCUACCUUGGCCAUGGGAGGAAUGCGACUAUGGGACUAUUCGAAGGAAACCUUCAAAGCAUUUGAGCAAUUUUGCAAGAAUGACAAGGAUGGCCGUGGCAUGGCCAUUGAACUUGCCAUGCUGUCACUCGCUACCUGUUUGGAAAUGGCGGAUGGUGAAUCGGCUCUAAAAAUAUUGGAGUCAUGUCUGAAUAGAUUGGAUUCUAGCGCUCCCUUAUUGCCAAGCGCUUUGAAUUUGAUGGAAUCCGUUGGACAAGCAAUUGUGGUGAGGGUCAUCAAUUUGGAACGACGCCCGGAUCGUCUUGCUUCCUUUCUUGCCCAAGCGGCUCACUCUAACUUGUUGGUGAUGAGAGCUGUCAUGGACAUUGGCAAAAGGACUGGUACUGGUACUGGCACUGGCGAGGAGUCGGCGGGGACUCGUCAAUUUUGCUACGCCUUUGAUGGAGGCAAUGGACGACCCGCUGAAAUUGAAGCUCGCUUCGCGCAACGUCUCGGCACUCAAGAUGAUGACGAUGAUGAAAUAUCCCAACAGCUAGUCCAAUCCCAUUGGCGACCGAAUGAUCUUCAAGUCUUUGAUAGUGAAGCCCCUGAUUCGUUGGACGAAACCAGGAUUAGCCCGAGCGAAAAGGCAUGUGCACUGUCCCAUAUUGCCUCAUGGAAAGGUGUGGUGCAAUCCUUGGAAUUGAUGGAAGGAAGUGGCAUUAGUAACGAGUCGUCGUUGAUGCAGAAAGACAAUGAUUCCGUUUUUCGGAAUCCAUCUCAUUGGCGACAAAAGUUCCAAAUCAGUGGAUACGCCCGAGGCCCUUCUUUGUUUCCCGAGAAUGAAGGAAUGCCCCCCACUCCGGUUUGCAUUAUUUUGGAAGACGAUGCUAUUUUGGUGGAUCGGUUUCAAGAUCGAUUGUUUGGUGUCCUAAACGAACUCCCCCGUGACUUUCAUUUUUGUUCCAUUGGGUACAGUCGCCCCAAGACGGCUCCGCUGAUUCCAUUUUCCUCCGAAAUUAGCAUCCCCUCUUGCAUUUGGUACUUGACUGGAUAUAUUAUUUCGUUAAAAGGAUGUCGGUACUUGAUGAACCAACUACCCGUCCGAGGUCCCGUCGACAGUUGGAUUGGAUUGGAAUUGUUCAAGAAUUGGGACAAUAUGUACGGGCACGACCUGGGUGUAGGCACGCCCACCAAAAAGGCUACAACAACAACCGCAGAAGGCAACAAGACGACAGCAACACCCACCAUUUCCAGAAAAGACUUGAGGAAGGUACUCAAAUUUCGAGCCUUUUGUGCGACCGUGCCCUUGUGCAGUCAAAAAGUGGGAUUGGGUGGUGGAGGUGGAACUUCUGGUGGCACUAGAACUAGUACCGGCAAGAGCAAUGUACGGAAUUGGCGGAAUCGGGAUACCGAUAUUGUCUACAGCGGAAAUUCUAUAUGA